CCGCCGACGAAGAAACCCAAAACGCUCAUGGGGUACUUCUCCUCUUCCCCCGGUUCCUCGCAGGUGAAGAGCGAAGACGGCGUGGAAAUGGGGACGGAAAAGAGGAAGGGAAAAUGCAACGGCUUCCUGCGCAUCACCGCGAGCGACGACGCGGCCCACCCGCUGUUCGCGGGGCAGCGCGUCGUCGUGCACGUCGAGCAUCCCUAGCGCGGGUAUCUUAUUUUUUUCUUAUUUCCUUUUGUGUCGGGGCUCUCGAUUUGGAUAUGACGCGUGCUGGAUAUAAGAAGUUGUAGAUGAUGCUAGGCUACAUUUUGUAUACUCCGGACAGACACGGACGGCGAGCUGGAUUUCCCGCGUAGGCGGGCUACCGGUAUAUU